AUGGCGUCGCGCAGGCGCGCCGAACUGAAUCCCAAACUGCACAUGGACAGGCAGCCGACAGCUGCCCGAAUAACAGAUCCCUCAUUACCCGCUGGCAAGCGACGCGAGAUCGACAACGUGAUGAAGAAGGCGCGCGCCAACACCACCAACGACUACUGGGACAAGAAGCUGAUCGAGGCCGAGGAGAAGGAUCCGAAUCGAUGGCGCCACACGGGCUACAAGAAGAUGUACAUCCAGGGCGAGAGCAGCUCCGGCGAGAGCGAACGCGACGGUCGCGAAGGUCGUGAGGGUGGAGCCCCGCCCUACGGUCGCUAUCCGCCCCCAGGUGGUCCGCCGACAGGUCCACCGCCGCCGUCGCAGCGUUACGGGCGCUCCCGUUCGCCGCAUUCGCGCAGUCGGUCGCGCCUGCGCAAGUCGCCACCGCUUUCGCCGCCCCCGCGUCGCCGCUCACCGCCCAUGGCCAUGCACGGCGGCAUGGACCGCCGCGGCGGACCGCGCUCGCCGCCCAUGCCGCGUUCGCCCAACAACAGCCAUGACGCCCUCAUGCGUCGGCCCGGCAAUGGCCACGGCGGAAGGCCGCGCUCCCCGCCGGAACCCAGUGGUGGCUCGUCCUCCUCGUCGCUGCGACGCAAGCCAAACGCGUCGCGUUCCCCGCUCGGCCGCCGGCGGUCGCCCCCGCUGCCGCCGCCCUCGUCGUCGGGAAUGGACAAGCGGGGUCCAGUCGCCCACAUCCUGCCGCGCUCCAAGCGCCCGCCCUCGCCACCGCCAAGGCAUUCGAUGCGUUCGCGUUCAAACAGCUCGAUGAGCAGCAGCUCCGAUGAUUCCUGCUCCCUUUGCUCGCCCAGCCAUCGUCACAGAUCUCGAUCCCGCGGUCCGCGUUCGCCGCCACCCAAGCCACGUGGCCAUUAUCGUACGGGGGCGCCUCCGCCCCCUCCGUCGGAGUCACAUGGCCGUAUCCAUGGUCGCCCCACCACUCCACCGCCCGUGCGCGGAGGUGGAGGCAGUUCGGUUUCCGCCAUGGAGAAGUACCGCCAGGCGAAGAUGCGUCACAUCGGCCAUGAUCGUGGCUCCUCGUCGGAUGCCCACAUGAAGAUCCCGCGAUCGUCGCGCCAUUCGCCGCCGCCGGAAGAUCCGCGUCUCAAGCACCGUCCGCCAGAGCCACCAGAGCCGGCAUCGGCGCCAACUGGAGCUCCGGCAGCACAGGCUAAAAAGAAGAAGAAGGAAAAGGAGAUGAGGCCACGCAUUAAAAUUGAAGGUGAGAAACGCAAAAAGCAUCCGAGCGGGACGACCAGUGGCACCGGAGCUAACGCGGCGAACUCCUCCUCGGACUCGGACGAUUCGAACGGCUCCGACAGCGACGAGGUCGGCACGUUGCCCACAUUCUCGGCUACCACGCGGCUGACGCUCUCGGAGCGAUUCGGCAAAAUGGCGCAGUGGAGCAUCGAUCGCAGCAACAUGGAGAACAUGCGAAUCACCAAAGACUCCGCCGGUGGGGCCCUCAAAGUGAUGAUCGAAGAGGGCCUGGAGUCGCCGCCGCGUCGCUAUUCGUAUUCGCCGGCACCGGCCGGGCAUUUUCCGGAGGAGUUGGCCACCACAGCACCGUCGGGAAUGCUGUCGUGGGACGACGUGCGCGUCCGUUACGAGUACUACAAGAGUCGUGGUUACCUAAGGGACUUGGACCUUAAGGACUAUAUCAAGUGGGAGGAGUGGUGGUAUAAAUAUCAGGAGUGGUUGAAACAGGAACGCUACUAUGAGUACUGGGAUCGCAGUCAGCAAUUGCGCAGACGACGCAAGAAGCUGCCGGUCACUCAGCGCUUGAAUUGAGUGCCCUCCGCAUGUGAAUCAUCUCAUUCAUUUUCCUAAUCCCCCCCCUUUCUCCAUUCAGUUCAUUUAUUUGUUCUACUUUUUCCUGCCCCCCUAUCUUGUAUCUGAAUCAUUUCCGCAUCCCUUCAUCCUCUUUUGUACAUUCAAAAUGUAUGAAACUGCAUUUGUCACCUAUUAUUUUGAUAACUAAUUACAAUUACAAGCCAAGCAUCCGGAGAUGGUUGGCCUUGGCCCCUGACAUCCUGCUUUCGGCGUAGGGUUUUUUAUUAACACUGAACUUUGUAAGUUUUCUUUGAGUGCAUGUUGUUCAGUACAACACACCGAGAUAUUUGUAAACGCAUUAAAUAACAGUCAGUAUACAAG